AUGACAAUCACCCGCUCCAAGAGAUAUGGUUAUGGCUAUAGCACCGCAGGAGGAAGUUAUGGCUAUAGCACCGCAGGAGGAACUGGAUGGGGUGGCGGUUAUAGCUACCCUUACAGUGGAUGGAGCAGUGGUUACAGCUACCCUUACAAGGGAUAUAGCAGUGGUUAUAGCGGAUAUAUCAGCGGUUAUAGCUACCCUUACAGUGGAUGGGGUGGCGGUUAUAGCUGGGGUGGGGGUUAUAGGUACCCUUCCUUCGGAUGGGGCGGUGGAUACAGUGGAUGUUGUGGCGGUUAUAGUUACCCUUCUAGUGGAUGUUGUGGCGGUUAUGGCUCUGGUGGAUGGAGCACUGGAUUUACUACCUUAUAUCUUAUUCCAGUGAGUUCGUACGGUAGCGGAUGGGGUAGUGGAUGGGGUGGUGGAUAUACCCGUCCAUGGAGUGGGUACGGUGGCGGAUGGAGUAGUGGAUAUACUCGGAAAGGGUAUUAUAGUGGAUACAGCAGCGGAUAUGCUCGCCCCUGGAGCGGUUAUGCAAAAGGAUCAUAUGGAUACGGAUAA